UAGGAACGAUUUUGCAGCAAUUAUGAACACAGAAUUAUAGUUUCUCUGAAUAUUUUCUAUGGGUUUUUGUCUAUUCUCUCGUUCUAUUAUGUUGUAAUAUGUGUGAUGAUAAAAAUGAUGAAAAUCCGUUUUCAUUCAAGCAUUUUGUCAAGCAUAAGAACGAAGAUUUAGACUAUCAGGAUAAAAGAUUGCCUAACAAGCAGGCAGGGACUAAUGUUAGUAAUGUAUCAAAUGUUCAAAAUGAUGAAUUACCGUUCCCUGAAGUGUCUGAAACAACUGGAACUAAAAAGAAAGGCAAAGGAAGAGAUGCUAAGAAAUCUUCGCACAUCAAAGAAAAACCACCGGAAUCGUCCAGCAAUUUAGAAUUGGAUGUGGAAAACCCAUUUUCAUUCAAGAAUUUUGUUAAGAAGGAUGCAGCAUUGAAAACUGGAGGUCGCGUGCUGCAGAUAGUUGAUGAUGAAGUGUGUGAAGUAGAAACCAACGCCGACACAAUUCAAGACAUCACUAGCGAACAUUCUUCCAAUAUAUGUAUUGAAAAUGAUUCUUCAAAAGAUGAUUUAGGCCCUAAUUCUGAAGAAAUUAUACAGUUAAGAGAAGAAAAUGAAAUGUUGAAAAAACAACUUCUGGAUAUGAAAAAGUCAAAGGAAGGGGAAUCGCGAGGUAUAAAAGUAAACUUGCCUUUGGAAAAAUAUGAGUUGACAUAA